AUGGACUUUCAUGGGCGGCUCGUACGGAUCAGGAGGCAGGACGAGGGUGUUCCGUCCCCUGUCGCUGAGAGUUCGACUCCGCCGGCGAGUGAUUCCCCUGUUCCCACCAAAUCAGCCUCUCGUCUCGUACUCCCUGUGCCGGCCAUAGCAGGCAUCGUUGUUGUUGGACUCAUCCUGAUUGGCCUCACAAUUCUGCUGUGGAGAUGGAGAGUGCGAUUGAGGCAGUUACGGCGGUUCAGCGCCAGCCUACACAAUUCCGUUCAAAAGUACGGUGUCGGCCGCGGUAUUUCGAGCUCAAACUCCAACGACAGCAUGCAAAAGAUGGAAAUCCACGGUAGCUUCUUCGAGUCAGACGAUCCGCCGUCCCGAAAGAGAUCCACCCUAACCUUCAAGGUCACCGGAAAGAUGCCCCAGUCGCCGACCACCCCCAAAGGCCCUAAGAGUCCUGUCAGUACGUGGUUCAACGAAAGACCGAAAUCUGGGCUGCAUUAUCUGAAGAAGAAACCCUCUCAUUCUCCGCCGAGGGCUGAGGGGAAGAGGUCGUAUAAGGUUCAGCAUCUACCCGACUCCGUUCGGACAAAGUGUAUCUCUGCUCCUCUCCACAUUGUCAAUGGACCGGCCGAACCAUGGACGCCUGCAACGCCCUCCCCAAUGACAGCCACUCCCUCAUCUCGACAAUCCGAAGUUACGCCACCUCAACGCCCUCCACCAGUCGCAUUCCCUCAAACUCUAAGGCAACAGACUCAAUCAACUCUGUCUAGCCAACCACAGGCAUCAAACAGUGGCGGAGAUAGAUAUCUCAAGGUCGACCAACUGCGUUUAUCCUUGUCAGCAAUUUCGUCAGACGGCUCUCUAUAUUCCCGAAACAGCUUGUCUAGCACUGCGGAUCACCAACAACAGGCGUCACCCGUAGCAGGGGGCACAGCUGCGCCGCCCCCUGGCAUUGGCAGCAGCAGCAACUUGAACAGCCAAACCCAAACGCAACGACGUCAGCACAGCCGUAAACCCUCGACGCCACCUCUGCCUCCCUCAUCCACAACGCUCAAUUACGGACAUCGCUACGAAAGCGAGCUGCAGCGUCCCGGGAGCGCAGGGAGCCAGCACCACCCCAGCCUUCCCCGGUUGAUGACCGCCAUCACGCGGUUUGUUCCCACUUUGGAUGAUGAAUUGCUAUUACAGGUUGGGGAUACUGUGCGUGUGAUUGAGGAGUAUAGGGACGGGUGGUGUUUGGUGCAGCAAGUCGGCAGGAUCGACUCGCCGAGGGGCGUAGUUCCCGCAGUCUGUUUGCAAGAGCGGAGGAGGAUCGUCCCUGUACCCGUGUCGGUUGUUGGUUCUCCGUCGCAUAAAAGGUCGAAUGCCUCACUAGCGAGUGUGAAACAUCAACCUAGGCGCAUUUUCUAG